UUCGUUGCCGUCGUCGCGACGCCCAGACACCGUGCCGUCCGCGUCUCUCGAGCAGUGCGCGUCCACACGUCGCGACGACACGGCUCCUCUCUACUUGUCGCUCCAAUCCUCCAGUGCUCACGAAUUUCGGCUGCUGCCGAGCACCAUCCCAACUACCCUUUGUGCACGUGACUCUGUUGCCAGCACGAGAUUCGGACAGUUCCGGGACUAUUCUCUUCGCCUACUCUUCGUGAUUCUUCUCCCCAGAUAGCAUUGCGUUUCGAUUCAACGACGAAAGACGCGAUGUGGCAAAUGGUUCGAUCCAUCUUGUCGCACAGGAUUUGAAGGAACAGAGAAGACUCGCGUGCUCGGGAGGAAACGGGAGAAGACGAGCGUGCAGCGUCGACUUCCGAGUGAUCGGGUGUCCGGAAGCGCAAUCGUUUCACGGCUGACGGAAUGACGUCGGAUCCGUCUCUCGUAUCGUCGUCGUCGGCGCAGCGAUCCUUCGUCUACCCUCUGAUCCCCGACAGAAUACGACGAACGCACGUUUAAUUCCUAAAAGGCGGUUCAUACAUUCGUAUCUCCCCUAAAGACGAACAAAUCUCGUGAAAAAGAGAAAGUAAAGACUGUCUCGAUAAUCUUUCUUCGUGCCGAGUGAUCGCAGUUAGAUCUCUUGAAUCAUCAAUCGAAAGCCAUCGUGCGAAUAAUCUCCGGGAGAAGAUCGUUCGAGAAAAAAGUAAAUUUACGAAGGGGCCGAAGAUCGUUCGUUGGACGAAGAAUCUAAGACGGCUGGAGCAAAAUGAACGCCACGAUAAUAAGCUACGAGACGACGCCGAGCAUGACGGAAUAUCCUCGCGUGAUAAAUCAGGAGGAGUCGAUGAUCCAGAAUUGCGAGGCUGAUCUGCCGAUCGUCUCGCUGGUCAAUCAGAUUCUCUACUCUAUCGUCUGCAUCGUUGGUCUUCUCGGAAAUACUCUGGUGAUUUACGUGGUGUUACGGUUCUCGAAGAUGCAAACAGUGACCAACAUGUACAUCGUGAACCUGGCCAUAGCGGACGAGUGUUUCUUGAUAGGAAUACCUUUCCUGGUGACCACGAUGAGCCUACGUAGCUGGAUCUUCGGGAAGAUCAUGUGCAAAGCGUAUAUGACUACGACCAGCAUCAAUCAGUUUACCAGCAGCAUCUUCCUGUUCAUCAUGAGCGCCGAUCGUUACAUCGCCGUGUGUCAUCCGAUAUCUUCGCCGAAGAUUCGUACGCCAUUCAUCUCCAAAGUGGUCUCUCUAACAGCCUGGGCCACGAGCGCUCUCUUUAUGAUCCCUAUAUUUCUGUAUGCCAACGCGAUGGAGUCUGAUAAAGGAAUCAACUGUAACAUCUACUGGCCAAACGAUCGCGGAGGCCACACUACCUUUACUUUAUACACGUUCAUCCUAGGCUUCGCCAUUCCACUGAUUCUCAUUCUGAUCUUUUAUUUCCUCGUAAUCAGGAAGCUUCAAACGGUCGGACCAAAGAACAAGUCGAAAGAGAAGAAACGAUCUCAUCGUAAAGUGACCAAGUUGGUGCUGACAGUGAUCACGGUGUACGUUUUGUGUUGGCUGCCCUACUGGCUGAUGCAAGUGGCGUUGAUCUACACUCCACCCAAACAGUGUCAGAGCAAGAUCACGAUUACCAGUUUCUUACUCGCUGGCUUCCUCAGUUAUAGCAACAGCGCGAUGAAUCCUAUCUUAUACGCUUUCCUCAGCGAUAAUUUCAAGAAAAGUUUCUUGAAAGCGUGCACUUGCGCCGCUGGAAAGGACGUGAAUGCCACGUUGCAUAUCGAGAACAGUGUAUUUCCACGGAGGAACAAGGCGAACGCUGAAAGGCUUCAGUCGAAUCGACAAGCUACAUCCGGUCAAUCGAGGAUGGAGCUGGAAGACGAAGACGCCGAGAGAGGAUUACUGAUCAGCAAAACUUCCACGACGACGGUGACCAUGACGUCACGAUCGAAUAUUACCAUAGGCAACGAGCCGAGAGAUCAAACGCAGAGAGAGAAAGACGCGAUGAAAAAUGGAACGCAAUUGACAUUGUUGACGCAGGUGUAAAGAAUAAACGAAGAAAACGAAGAUAACGAUUCAACGAAAUGCGAACGACGGGCUAACGACGGCCUCUUAAUUUUUUCUUUUCCUUGUCACGGUGACCAGACCAGACGAACUAGGAUCAUCGUGCAAGAUGAGAACUGAUUUUAAGGAACGAAGAAGAUCGAUGCCGUGGAACGAAUUUUCAGAUAACUUUAGAAUCGUCGAAACAGCGACUCGAUAAGAUGGUUCAUCGAAUUUUUGCUACUUUCCCUCGGGAUCCUUGUACCGAAGAAUCUGCUCCAAAAUCACGUUCGUGUGUCAACCGAAUGUAAACGCCCAUUUCUGUACAGUUGUCUCGUUCCAUUCCUUCGUUGUAGUAGCUGGUUUCGAACAUUACUCUCAAAAAGGCUGGAACAUCACUGGAAAUCGGUCGAGGAAGGAGGCCGAGCAUUGCUUGACCCGUGACGCACGUGCCGCCAUUACUCCUCUCGGAGAACGGGUCAAGAGCGUGGUCAUUCCGUUUAGUUAACUCUACACGCACGCACAACAGCCGGGAGAAUAAACGAAUCGUCGAUGAGUUUGCCAAGCGCAGCAACAGAAGCGCUAUCGAAGAACAGAAUCCCUUUGAUAGAAUGGCUGUUGAAGAGGCGAAUCUUAUUUCUGUACAGAAUACCUUCGCUUGAGAGAUCAUAUGAAAUUUAAUGAAAUUCCAUUGGUAAAUAAAUUAAACGAGAAGAAAAGCAAGUCAAAUCUGUACAUAUUAUAUUCAUAUACUGUAGUCGAUCGAUGUAUUUAUCGAUUAACGUCGAUGGUUCAACGAAAGGAAAAAGCGAAUGGUUUCCGUGCCAAAGAUUUCAGCGACACGUUUCUCUCUAGUAAGAAGCACGACGAUAGUGCUUCAAUGUCUUUACGAACGAGUCUAUUCGAUCUACGACUGAGAAAGAUCGAUACAGCAUGCCUCGAAGAAGAGAAGAACAAGUUGCCUUGGAGACUCGCGGUUGGAACAGCUUUCUUUCGUAUUUUCUUGCUUCCUCGAUGUCUCGUUCUAUUAUUUCGAUUUUUAUUCACCCUCUUUUCUUACUCGUGACAAGACGCACAUUGUGUGGAAGAGAAAUCGUGGCGAAGAUCGGGAUCAAAUUGCUCCAAAGACUGUCGCAAGAAAUCGUAGCGUAUUUUCGUGAUUUAUCGCUGUAUUUCCGAUCAGUUUACUUUGUGAAAACAACCUGUCCAUCAUUUAGAAAGUUAAACGUUUCAGAACGUUCAAAUUGAAAAAUACAUCGUGGACGGAGACUAAUAGCGAACGUUUGACAACGUGUUGCGUAGUUAUGGAAAUUUGCCGCUUUUAUUAGUCUUAAAACUAAAAGGGAAGAAAACUGUCGUUGUAGUUCGAGUUUGAAAAAUUCUUGUAUACGCGCACGAUGAGGAGAAUACGAAGAGAACAUCGUUUCGUCAUCCGAUGAUGGACAGUGUGUUCGUGGAUCACGAUUCUUGCUUGACUUGAUCGAACCUUCGAGACAAAAAUGUGUAUUUCAACAACACUAGAACUCGAUAGUAAUUUGAAAAGCGUUCAAUGAAGUCGAGCAACGAAUGAAUCGACGUUAUGACCGUCAAUUGUCGUAUAAAAAAAAUAA